AUGCACAGCAUAAAAGAUACAAGUACGGAUUACCAUUGCCGAAACUGUAGAGCUAGAGACAAUGAGCAAAUGGUGCAAUGUGACUCCUGCGACCAAUGGUUUCACUAUAGCUGUGUCGGUGUUGACAGCCAAGUGGCCGAUAUUAGUUGGAACUGCGAAUCAUGCGAACACACAUCGGUCCAAAUGGCAGCAGCUUUUAUGGAACCCAAUGGGUCGAAUAACGGGGGUUCACUUGCUACGGGUCAGCCAAGAGCAUCAUCGUCACCCGAGGCGGCACAUCAAAGUCAACAGGCAAUCUUGGGCGCUCUAAGCUCAAUACCAGUUCAGUCAACGGUUAUGGUUCCAUCCAUAUACACAGCUCCGAGGAUGUCGACCACAUCGGCAAGUGUACCACCAUAUUCUACUGCAGCAUUGGAAGUGACACUACAUGAUCAAAUACGUUUUCAGUCGUCAAGCAGCACGACUGAGUUAUAUACUUUGUCGAGCGCAUCAGGUUAUCCCGCAACAAUGUAUACGCAAAACAGUAAGAACCAUUUACUGCCAAACUCUUUUAUUCUACAAAAAUUGCCGACAUCUUCAACCACUUUUCCUUCGCUGCAAACUAACGCAAAAGUUGCAAACCCGUCAAUAUUUGCAAAGGGUAGUCAAAAUUCGGAUACAUCUGAGCGAAUGCGAGCACUGCAGCUAGAACGCCUAGAGGAGGAAAUGCGCAUUCAAAAACAGUAUUUAGACGACAAGUAUAAAAUAUUAGCACAAUUUGGUGAGUUGACGAAUUCGGGUGAUCGUAUACCAAUCUUUAACGUGACCCCCACACCAGCACAGCUUGCAGCUAGACACUCUAUUCCGAAGCAGUUGCCUAUUUUCAGCGGCGACCCAGAGGAAUGGCCCCUCUUUAUAAGCCAAUUUGAGAAUAGUACGUCCGUUGCAGGAUAUUCGAAUGUAGAAAAUCUUAUGCGACUACAGGCAUGUCUUAAAGGCAGAGCACGAGAUUUAGUAAAAAAUAAGUUGCUUCUACCUGCUAUGGUGCCGGAGAUUAUCCAGACCCUACGUAUGUGUUGUGGCCGACCUGAACAUAUUUUGGAACGCGCAAUUAAUAAGGCCAAAAAUAUGGCGCCACUUAAAGAUAAGUUAGAAUCUUUAAUUGAGUUCUCCUUAUGCGUACAAAAUAUAUGUGCAACAAUGGAAGGUUGUAACCUGACUGCACAUCUCGUGAAUCCAUUAUUAGUAAAAGAGUUAGUGGAUAAGCUGCCAAACAGUUAUAAGCUGAGUUGGGCUAUGCAGCCAAAAGACGACCGAGUACCUAUAGUGAAGAUUUUCAGUGACUGGCUGUAUAAUAUCGCCGAGGCAGCAAGCACUGUUGUAGCACCUAUGACACACAAAUCCGGUGUAAACGUAAAUACACACACUCGCGCUGAAGAUGUCUCCGACCAGAGAAGCGAAACCAACUCACUACCCAGAAAAUGUUGUGUAUGUAAAACAUAUGGACAUAAGCUGCCACGUUGCGAAGCCUUUAAAGCCUUGCCUCUUAAACGUAAGUGGGAAAUAGUCAAGGAACAUAGUCUUUGCCGUCAAUGUCUGGACUCGCAUCGCCGUAAAUGUUACGUAAACAAAGAAUGUGGUAUCACUGGUUGUAAGUACAAGCACCAUCAAUUAUUACACAGAAGCGCAUCGCAAACAGUCGACAGCAGCGCAGACAACAACAUCAAUUCUCGGCAGAUUGUUCGCAGCAGCAAUAUUCCGAGUGAUCAUGCCAACAGGCAGAUGAUCGCGCACAGCAGCAGCGCUACAAAAAAUAGCCCAUAUUUCAGAAUAAUCCCUGUCAAAUUAUACUCACAUAAUAAAGUUAUAGAAACAUUUGCGUUUCUGGACGAGGGUUCUGCAGUUACGUUAAUGGAAAAAAGUGUGUUCGAACAGAUGGAGCUCAAAGGUGUACAGGAGCCUUUAUGCUUACGUUGGACCGGUGAUACAACCCGCACGGAAUAUAAUUCAUUCAAAACCACUGUAGAAAUUCCAGGUGUUACGAACGGUCGAAAGUACAAAUUGACUGAUGCACACACAGUAGAGAGUUUAAGUCUUCCAACACAAACGAUCGAUGCUGGUGAAAUAAUGAAAAAAUAUCCAUAUUUGACUGGGCUACCAAUUGAAUCGUACGAAAAUGCCAGGCCAUCUAUUUUGAUUGGUACAGACAAUUGGAAACUUGCUGUGCCACUUAAAAUUCGAGAAGGGUCGUGGUUCCAACCUAUUGCAUCAAAAACCAGACUUGGCUGGACGCUUCAAGGAUGUCACGCUAAUCAGUCACGUGAGUUUAUGGUGAACGUUCACACUUGCGACUGCGAGAAAAGUCUCAGAAGACUGCACGAAGCUGUGAAAAAUUAUUUCAAUUUAGAAGAACCCAAGCCAAAGCAGCUUCUGUCUGCCGACGACAACAAGGCGCUAGCUAUUCUAAAUGCGUCUUGUAAGAAGGUAAGCAAUCGUUAUGAAGUUGGAUUACUCUGGCGAAACGAAGACGUCGUGCUGCCAGAAAGCUAUGGAAAUGCAUACAAACGGCUAAUGUGUCUUGAAAGGAAAUUCAACAAAGAUCCGCUUCUUAAAUCAACAAUUCAGCAACAAAUAGACAACCUAAUUUCGAAGGGGUAUGCGAAAAAGUUGUCACCUGCUGAGGCAACAAUUCAACCAAGCAAAACUUGGUAUCUACCGAUAUUCACCGUCACGAAUCCGAAUAAGCCAGGAAAAAUACGUCUGGUAUGGGACGCGGCCGCAAAAGCGAAUGGCGUGUGCCUCAACGAUUUUAUGUUCCCUGGACCUGACUUGUUGAACUCGCUCGUGGAAGUCCUAUUAUCCUUUCGAGUAGGGAGAGUAGCAGUGUGUGGUGACGUGGCUGAAAUGUUCCACCAAAUCAACAUUAGGGAAAGCGAUAUGCACGCUCAAAGAUUCUUAUGGUGGGACGAAGCCGACAAGCCGCAGCAACCCAGCGUUUAUGUAAUGCGCGCCCUAACAUUUGGCGUAAACUGCGCUCCGUGCAUUGCGCAUUUUAUACGAGACAACAAUGCCGAGCAAUUCCGACAUGAGUUUCCACGGGCAGUUGAAGCGGUGCAGCGUUACCACUAUGUCGACGACUUCAUCGACAGUGAGCGCGAUGAAGAGACUGCGCUCGAACUAGCCAAGCAGGUAAAACGCAUUAAUGCGAACGCUGGAUUUGAGGUGAGAAACUGGGUGUCUAACUCUCACAAGGUUCUACAGCAACUAGCUAGCAACAAUCCUAUCGAGCCAGCUUUGAAAGAAUGGGGUUCCACUACAAAAAUCUUAGGUCUGAAAAUACUUCUGCAGGACGUGUGGCGUUCCGACAUUGGUUGGGACGAGGCUCUCAGCGACGCUUUGUACGAUAAAUGGGAGUCGUGGAAGUCGAAUAUUCCUCUCAUAAUGGAUGUAAAAGUUCCUCGUUGCUACUCGACCAUACUCCAUAGUUCUGAUAACGUCCAGCUUCACACGUUCGUGGACGCCAGCUCAGCUGCAUUCGCUGCUGUUAGUUAUCUACGCAUCCAGCGCGAUAGUAACGUAGAUAUUGCUUUUGUCGCGGCAAAAUCGAAAGUGGCACCCUUGAAGCCAGUUUCGAUUCCAAGAUUGGAAUUGCAAGCUGCUGUGGCAGGAUUCAACGACGAAAGCUUGAGGAGUGCCCUAUGGGAAAUAGAGUUUAUAAUUAAUUCACGUCCGCUAACUUUCGUGUCCUUGGAGUCGGACGACGACGAAGCUAUAACGCCGAACCAUUUGCUGAUCGGCUCUUCAGAUGGCUACAAACCUUUCGCCACCGACAACAAAAAUUUGCGUCAAC